AUGAACUUGAGAUUUCUUAAUCUUUCCUGUGCUGGUUUUGGUGGAUAUAUUCCCAAAAAUCUUGGGAAUUUGUCGAAAUUAGAACAUCUUUAUCUUGGUGGAUGUUAUGGCUACGUUAUCGGACCAGGAAAUGAUCUCAGAGUUGAUAGUUUGAGUUGGAUAUCUAAGUUUUCUUCUUUGAAAAGUUUUGAUCUUUCUCAAUUGGUUAUUGAAGAUACUAAAGAUCUUUGGAAUUCAAUUAACAUGUUGCCUUCAUUGCUUUCAUUGAACUUAGAAGGUUGUAAUCUCAACAUUUUGCCUUCUUUUACACAAGUUAAUUUCACAUCUCUUAGUUCACUCAAUAUCCGUGAUAACGCGAUUGGAAUGAGCUUUGAGAAUUCCUCCAUCAUCCCUCCAUGGUUUUCUAAUCUUACAAGGCUUAUGAAUCUUGAUCUUGGUCAAAACAAGUUUGAUGAUCCAACUAAUGUUCUUGAGAAGCUUAGUUCACUAAGAGUAUUAGAUGUUUCUAAUAAUGGAUUUGGCGAUUCGUUGUUGAGUUCAUUGAGUAAGUUGAACAACUUGGUUUAUUUGGAUUUGCUAGGGAAUGACAUCCACUUCUCUAGUCUCCAUUUACUUGGAAAUCUGACUUCACUUUCUGUACUUAAGUUGAGAUAUAACGUGUUAAAAGGGCUGAUCCCGGAGGGUUUAACGAGCAUUUUCUGUCGAUUGAGUGUGCUUGAUUUGUCAGACAAUGAAAUCAGUGGACUGCUUCCAACUUUUAUAAGAGAUCCAUCGAGCUGUCUCGAUAAUCGUUUGAAGGAGCUAUACUUAGGAAAUACAAAAUUCAGUGACUUCUUUCCUGAAGGAUUGACAAUGCACAAGAAUCUUGAAGUUAUUGACAGUACUAAUAGCUUAUUAUAUGGUGAAAUUCCAUAUUCAAUAAGCAAGCUGUCAAAUUUGAGGUUUCUAAGGAUAUCAAACAACAAGUUGAAUGGGAGCAUUCCUUCGAGUAUUGGACAGUUAUCGAAUCUUGAAGAGCUAGAUAUCUCUGAGAACUUAUUCACCAGUAUAGUUUCUGAACUCCACUUUGUAAAACUAAGCAAAUUGAUGAAAUUGCACUUGUCUAAAAACGAAAACUUGGUUUUGAAUGUGAGUUCCAAUUGGUAUCCAACUUUCCAAGUCAAAGAGAUUGGAAUGGCAUCAGUAAAAGUAGGGCCUAAUUUUCCUCAAUGGCUACAAAAACUGUCAAUUCUUGAUACUCUUAUUAUGUCUGAUGCUAAUAUUACUGAUAUGAUCCCGAAUUGGUUGAGCAAUAUAACAUUGUUCAUGACAACUCUGGAUCUCUCUGUUAACACAUUAGUCGGUGGUAUAAGCGUGUUGUGUGAUGCUCAACUUUUGGAAUCAAUUGAUCUUUCCAAGAAUCUGUUAUCCGGACGAAUCCCUUCAUGUUUGAGUAACUUGGAAGAGUUGAGAUCAUUAAAUCUGGCUGACAAUAGUCUUGAAGGUGAAAUCCCAAGUUCUUUAGGUGAUUUGACACUAAGGUUUUUGCAUUUGCAAAAGAACAACUUACAAGGUAAAAUCCCUUUGUCUUUUCAAAAUUUGACAUGGUUAGAAAGACUUGACUUAGGAGAAAACAAGUUGAAGGAUGUUUUUCCUACAUGGAUUGGCGAAAAGCUACAGAGUUUGGAACUCUUGAGGCUAAAUUCAAAUCAAUUUUACGGUGUUAUCCCAUUAGAACUAUGUCAAAUCUCAUCUCUAUGUUGGUUAAAUCUUGCUGGUAAUAACUUGUAUGGAACUAUUCCGAGUUGUUUUGGAAACUUUUCGUGUGGUAGUAUUAGUGGACCUGGUGAAGUAUUUGGACAAAGAGUUGAAAGUUUUAUGAAAGGAAUACCACUUGAGUAUGUUGGUGAACAAAUUUUGUUACUUAGAAUUUUGGAUCUUUCUGAAAAUAAACUUGUUGGAGGUAUCCCCAAGGAGUUAACAAAAUUGGUAUACUUGCAAUACUUGAAUUUGUCUAGAAAUAGUCUUAAUGGGAGCAUACCAAAAAAGAUAGGUGAUUUGAAGCAAUUGGAGUCACUUGAUUUGUCACAUAACAAACUUUCUGGUUCAAUUCCUCAAAGUUUAGCUUCUUUGAAUUAUUUGAGCUACAUGAACUUGUCAUAUAACGAUUUUUCGGGUCCAAUUCCUACUGGAAAUCAGCUCCAAUCUUUGGAUGAUCAAUCAUUUUAUGUUGGUAAUCCUAGACUUUGUGGAAUAUUGAUCAAGAAAAGUUGCAAUGGCAAUGGAACAUCAAAUGUAAAUGAACAAACUCCUCAAGGUGGUGAUCAUGAUCAAGAUGUUGAUGAACAUAAGUGGUUUUAUGCUGGAAUUGCACCUGGUUUUUGUGUUGGCUUCUUGGGUGUCCUCUUCAUUUUGUACAAGACAAGGAAUCGUGGCCUGGUGCAGGUUUUCCAAUGCUUGGCUCGACGUCUAUGA